AUGAUGAAUGAUUCAUCGAACCAAACGACCCUACGAGAGUUCCAAGUAACCCUCGAUGGUACGGUUCAAUCGCGAAUACCUGGCUCUCCUAGCCUCUGUCAGUUCUUGUCUCAGAUUAUACAAUUUGAGUGGCAUCAGCUAUUGAUAUCAGGCGAAGAAAGUUUUAUGGAGCAAAUUUACGAGGCUUCUUGGGAUGAGCCUUCAUAUCAGUGGGAGGAGCUGGGAAUUUCGUGGAUUAACUGGGAUCAACAUCGCGAUGCACUUCUCCAGCUCUCAAAGCUUCGUAUUCUAAUGUUCUCUUACGCCACAGUGACUAUUAGUGGUGAGCGGUCAAUAGUUACAACUUGUAAAGAGGAUGCGCUUAGUCUCGCUGAGAGGAUCUUUACUGGUUUCCAAGAACAUGCGAAGAAACAGAAGAGGGAUUCAAACCUAAGAUAUGUUGGUAUUGAUGCAUGGGUCUUCACUUGUAUUUGGUUGCCCUCUUCAGAGCUCAAUGAUGGGCGCACUGGAGCUGAGGUCGUGCAGCUUGAUAAGGAAGAAGCUAUAACGUUUGAUUUUAUACGAAUGAACGAAAAAUUGGAGAUUGGGAAGUAUAGGUUGGGUAGGAGAUAG